UCUCUUCCAGACGCGCCAUGGCUGAGGCGUCCCGUUGGCAGCAAGGCGGGACUCCAAAACAUAAGCUGCAUUUCAGAAAGGAAGACGAAAUUAAAACCACACUUCAGGAGUUGUUACUCUACUUUAUUUUUUUAAUAAACUUAUGCAUAUUGACUUUUGGGAUGGUAAACCCACAUAUGUAUUAUUUAAACAAAGUUAUGUCAUCUCUGUUUUUGGACACUUCUGCACCUGGUGAUGAAAGAUCCAACUUUAAGUCUAUUCGAAGCAUAACUGAUUUUUGGAAGUUUAUGGAAGGACCCCUUUUGGAAGGUCUGUACUGGGAUUCAUGGUACAAUAACAACAAGUUGUAUAAUUUAAAGAACAGCAGUCGCAUCUACUAUGAGAACAUACUUUUAGGAGUCCCCAGAGUCCGUCAACUAAAAGUCCGCAACAACACAUGCCAAGUUUAUUCAUCCUUUCGGUCUUUGAUGAGUGAAUGUUAUGCCAAAUACACUUCUAAAAAUGAAGACACAUCUGAUUUUGGCCUUAACAGUGAUACUGAAUGGAAGUACUCUUCUGCUACUAUCAGCUCCCCUCGGCACUGGGGAUUUCUUGGUGUUUACCAAAAUGGGGGAUAUAUUUUCACUUUAUCAAAAUCAAAAUCUGAAACAAAAAGCAAAUUUGUUACCCUUCGACAGAACAGCUGGAUCACAAGAGAGACUAGAGUUAUUUUUAUUGACUUUUCGUUAUACAAUGCUAAUGUAAAUCUGUUUUGCAUCAUCAGAUUGGUGGCAGAAUUCCCUGCAACUGGAGGAGUACUUACUUCAUGGCAGUUUUACUCUGUGAAGCUCCUCAGAUAUGUUAGCUACUAUGAUUAUUUUAUUGCUUCCUGUGAAAUCACAUUUUGUAUUUUUCUUAUUGUCUUCACCGCACAAGAAGCCAAAAAAAUGAAAGAAUUUAAGUCUGCCUAUUUCAAAAGUAUUUGGAACUGGCUAGAAUUACUCCUUUUGGUGUUGUGUUUUGUGGCUGUUUUCUUCAACUCAUACUGUAAUAUACAAAUUUUUCUCUUACUUGGACAGUUGUUAAAAAAUACUGAAAAAUAUUCAGACUUCUAUUUUCUUGCCUAUUGGCACAUUUAUUACAACAAUAUAAUUGCUAUUACCAUCUUCUUUGCAUGGAUAAAGAUAUUCAAAUUCAUAAGCUUUAACAAGACAAUGUCUCAGCUGUCAUCAACUUUGUCCCGCUGUAUGAAAGACAUAGUAGGAUUUGCCAUCAUGUUUUUUAUAAUAUUCUUUGCUUAUGCCCAGUUAGGAUUUCUUGUUUUUGGAUCACAGGUUGAUGAUUUUUCCACUUUUCAAAAUUCCAUAUUUGCACAGUUUCGAAUUGUUCUUGGGGAUUUUAAUUUUGCUGGUAUUCAACAAGCCAAUCGUAUCUUGGGACCCAUUUACUUCAUCACCUUCAUCUUUUUCGUGUUCUUUGUCCUAUUGAACAUGUUCUUGGCAAUAAUUAAUGAUACCUAUUCUGAAGUGAAAGCUGAUUAUUCAAUAGGCAGAGUGCCGGAUUUUGAACUUGGUAAAAUGAUUAAAAAGAGUUACGACAAUGUUCUCGAAAAACUCAAACUAAAGAAACCGCAAAAGGAUGAAAAAAGUGGAGAUUUGGUUGAACAAGCCAGAAGAGAAGGCUUUGACGAAACUGAGAUUCGAAGUGCAGAGCAAAUGAAAAAAUGGAAGGACAGGCUUGAGAAAAAGUAUUAUUCCACAGAAAUUCAAGAUGACUACCAGCCUGUCACUCAACAAGAAUUUCGAGACCUCUUUUUAUAUGCUGUGGAGCUGGAGAGAGAAUUACACUACAUCAGUUUAAAACUAAACCGAGUGAUGAGAAAGGUUUCAGCUCUACCCUGAGUCAAGUGGAGGUGAGACUGUGAUGCAAUCACUGAACAUUUCUAACAAAGAUUCACUCCUGUAUUGAAUUAUGUCCUUAACUUGUCCUCAUUUCAGGUACACUAAACUACCUAUUAUCAAACUAUCGUCAGGGUCAAUAAUCAUCAUCAAAUGAUUUCCAGGACUGAAAUGCCCCUGAAUGGGACCCACUGUAUAUAAUCCAUGCAUAUUACAACAUGCCUCCAGAGUAUACACACACUGGUUCACACAGAGAAUUUUAUAACAAAUUAUUAUUAAAAUCUAGGAGUGUGAAGGAGUGUGAAGUACAAAAUAAUGCUGCUUCUAGUUCAUGGGGCAGAUCUCUAAUAGUUUAAUAGGUAAAGACAGUUUUCUUAGUGCUUCACAGAGUAUAAGAAAUGUUGGUGCUCUCAUCAUACACCAUGUUCCAAAUUCCUCCGACCAUAAACAAUAAAUGCUCAGGAUUCCGUAAAAUCAUCAUGUAACACCCCAAGCAAAAUAAUCUCACCUCCAUUCUUCCAAUUUGAAGCUCCCAUAAAAAGCGAAAAUGUAAAAGAACUUCUCAACCACCUACAAAAAUAUCACUAAUAUCUUCAAAGUGGAAAUUCACUUAGACAGUUUCUAAAAUAACACAUCUAAAGUAUCUCUAAAGUGCUUCAUCAACUACUUUAAAAGCAAAAUACACUUAAAAAAAUAAAGACAAAGAUAGGAGCAUCAGGAUUAUAAAAAGUCAAGUUAUAUUUGAAAAGUAUAAAUGGGAGUGCUACAAAAACCCUGUUUGGAUAGUUGGAAAGUUAUGUAUGGCUGGCAUUUUGGAAACUGGAAGUAAACUCUAAUUUCUUUAGGUUACAUAAGCCCUUCCAGAAGAACCAUAUGUUCUCUUAGCCCAAGCAACAGCAUUUGAUCAUAGUACUCAACUCCCACAUUGAUGCUCUAUAGACUCUGGAUUUUAAAACUUGAAUAAAGGUAUUUUUAAAUCUACCAACCUUGCUCAGACCAAGCUCUUCUCUUAGAGACUAUAUAUCAAGUUUUCUUAAUAGGAUAAUUCACUGCAACAAGAAAUGCUGACUAUUCCCUCUGCAUCUUUUCCUUACAUUUCCACAGGGGAUGGCUUUCCCCUGUCUUACCAUGCCCCAAGUCGGCCAGGAGGUUUACUAACCCUG